AAUCGCUGCUCUCGAUCCCCUGUGCCCAUGGGCAAGCAAGCUGAAGUGGAGCCUCUGUCUGCCGUGCUCAAGCGCGCCGGCAAGAAAGCGCUUGGCGGCGGCCUCGCCGGCGCUCUCGCCAUGGUGGCGCAGGUCGGGCUGCUGAUGUGGAUGCGCACGACGAUGAACUACCAGCACGCCAACGGCCUGUCGACGAUGGAGGCGAUCUCGGCGCUGUACGCGAUGGGCGGGCUCGCGCGGCUCUACCAGGGCUGGCAGGCCGCGCUGCUCCAGGCGCCGCUCUCGCGCUUUGGCGACACGGCUGCGAACGCGGGCGUGCUUGCCGUGCUGUCCGGCGUCGGCUGGAUGCCAGAGGGCCUCAAGACCUUCUUCGCCUCGUGGGCGGCGGCGGGCUUUCGCAUCCUCAUCACGCCAGUGGACGCGCUCAAGACCACGCUGCAGGUUCAAGGCUCCGCCGGCCUCACCAUCCUCGCCGACCGCGUCGCCAAGGAGGCGCUUACGUACAUGGCCACCAUCUCGGCCAUCAUCGCCGAGGACGGUGUGCAGGGCCUUUUCCUGCGCGGCCUCGGCACCAAGCUCCUCACGAACGGCGUCUCGGCGAUGCUCUUCAGCGUCCUGUGGAAGUACUUCGAGCAGUUGCUCACCGCCAAGAAGGAGGACCCCAAGAAGGGCCAGUAGGCGCGCCGCCAAACGCCUGGUGGCGGCCACGCCGGCGGGCGGCGGUGCGCCCGAGGAGUCUGCGUCCGCACAGAGCGCUGGUGGCUAGCUGCCCUCUUCCCGCCUUCCUCCCUCCUCGCUGGCUGCCUCUUCCCGCCCUCCUCCCUCCUCGUACGCAUCUCUACCUGCUCCCCCAUACGUGAACCAUGCUAUAUUGUGUGCGGUGUGCGCCCGCCGUGCGGGAGUGGGGCGGCCGGGUUGCGGCCCCGCUGGGGCGCACGCACCGCGCAGCGCCGAGACUGCACGCAGACUCUGUGGGAAGGGAUCCCACCCACGUCGUUUAUUCUGUUAAUUGGCCGCCGGAGUUGCGGAGAGAAUA